AUGUGGAUUGGAUACGAUGUAUCAAUUACACUGUGGACUGGAUACGAUGUAUCAAUUACAAUGUGGAUUGGAUACGAUGUAUCAAUUACACUGUGGACUGGAUACAAUGUAUCAAUUACAAUGUGGAUUGGAUACGAUGUAUCAAUUACACUGUGGACUGGAUACGAUGUAUCAAUUACAAUGUGGAUUGGAUACGAUGUAUCAAUUACAGGGUGGAUUGAAUACGAUGUAUCAAUUACAGUGUGGAUUGAAUAUGACGUAUCAAUUACAGUGUGGGUUGGAUACAAUGUAUCAAUUACAGUAUGGGUUGGAUACGAUGUAUCAAUUGCAGUGUGGAUUGGAUACGAUGUAUCAAUUACAGUGUGGAUUGGAUACGAUGUAUCAAUUACAGUGUGGAUUGGAUACGAUGUAUCAAUUACACCGUGGACUGGAUAG